AUGCCUGGAGAUGUUGAUGAGCAUUUGGAAGAUAUUCAACCAAACUUCUAUCGAGCGCCAGAGGUGAUCCUCGAGAUUCCAUGGUCAUACAGCGUUGAUAUCUGGAACGCAGGCUGUGUGGCGUGGGAUAUGUUCGAAGGCGAGUUUCUGUUUACCGGACAUGAUCCGGAACUCCAGACCUACCGAAGUAGAGCACAUCUAGCUGAGAUGAUUGGUCUUCUUGGGUCACCGCCGCCUAACCUCCUUGCUCAGGGCAGGCUGGCGAGCAAGUUCUUUUCAGAGGAAGGCGAAUUUCGUGCCGGAAUUCCUUUGCAAGAUCCAGUUCCACUCGAAGAGAGAGAAACUACUCUCAAGGAACAACAGGAGGACAGGGAGAAGUUUCUGUGCCUGAUGCGGAAAAUGGUGCAGUGGGAGCCGGGCAAGCGAAGCUCUGCGAAGGAACUUGUGCAAGAUGAAUGGAUUCGUGCGCAUUCAUGA